CUAGUUAUAUGUAAUGUGUCUCUUUUACUACACAAGUUAGCUUUCUUGAUGUCAUAUAAAAAAAAGUAAACAACUUGGAGCGGGUUGGAUCUGCAAGUAUUUUGAAUAUAUUGAAAUGUGUUUACGUUUGUGUGGCAAUGUAUUGUCAUAUGAAGAAUUAUCACUUAUAUAAACAUCGUUGUGCUCUUGCCAGGCGUUCGUAUUCUAUUACCGUUUGGACUUUAUAAAACAUAUUCCUCAUUCACCAUGAUUUACUUGAGGAGGACUAUUACUCUUGGAAUGCGUUCCUUAAAAAAGAUUAAAAUAAAAUAUAUGGUAGCAUCACUUGUGACAUUGGUCCUGCUGGAAUAUUUUGGAGCAUUCACCCACAUAUUUGAACGUAAUUUUUACGUGGAAUUUGACUAUCCAUUGGAAGGGGAUAUUACACCAUACAUAGAACAGUUGAAGAACAAAGAAAAACCUGAUAUCCAGCCAUUGAAUGUGUAUAAUUACACUUUUAUUUCCAAGUGCGAUAGAAAAUGUUCAGAGGGUGAGAGCUCUCAGUUGCGUCUAGUGUACAUUGUUAAGUCUGCAAUGUUAAAUUUUCAGAGGCGAAUGGCGAUAAGAAAUUCCUGGGGGUUUGAGAAAAGAUUUUCUGAUGUUCCUAUCAGAACAGUGUUUGUUCUUGGUGUUUCCUCUCCAGGGACUGGUGAUUUACAACAGUCUAUCGAAAACGAAAGCAGAAAUUAUGGUGACAUUGUUCAAGCAGACUUUUUGGAUACGUAUUUUAACAAUACCAUCAAAACAAUGAUAGGGUUUCAAUGGGUAAUGAAUUUUUGUAUGAACUCCAAGUUCUACAUGUUUGUCGAUGAUGACUUUUAUGUUUCGACAAAGAAUGUGCUACGAUUUUUACGUAAUCCAACUGAGUAUCCUCAGUACUUGGAAAUGCCUGUAAUAGCGCUACAGCAGUUUAAAAAAUCUCAAGAAAGAACUGAUUUACAGUUGAAAGAACAAUCAUUAAAGCUCAACAGAAGAAUUCAUCAGAUUGAUUUCGAACUGCCCGAUGACGUCAAGUUAUUCUCAGGGUUUGUUUUUGUGUCGGCCCCGCAUCGUCAUCGCAGUAGCAAAUGGUUUGUGACGCUGUCUGAGUAUCCUUUUCACAUGUGGCCGCCUUACGUGACUGCCGGUGCGUACGUUCUGUCCCAUGCUGCACUGGUGGAUAUGCACUACGGUAGUUUAUACACGAAACAUUUCAGGUUUGACGACAUUUACCUGGGAUUAGUAGCCCUGAAGGCAGGCAUAGAACCGUAUCACUGUCCAGAGUUCUAUUUUUACAAGAAAGAUUACAGUGUUCAUGCUUAUCGUUAUGUUAUUGCCUCGCAUGGCUACGGGGAGCCAUCUGAACUGGCCGCUGUGUGGAAUGAGCAGAAGAGUAUUGGGAAUGCGUGAUGUAUGACAUUGUACAUAACAUGUGUUUGAUCUGUUAUAACCGGAGCCUUUCACUACUACCAACAGUAUCGUUGCCCUUCAGAAGCAUUGCAGAGGAACUUAGGUUUCAGGACAUAAAGACGUCCCGAUUAAAAAGUAAUAACUUACAGUACAUAGCGUCAGGGCCGUCGAGAAGUGUGUGUGUGUGUGUGGGGAGGGAACAAAAUGCCCGGGGUCCGAGCAUGAAGGGGCGCCCAGUUGAUUUCCGAAAUACUUUUUCAUGCUUGUGUUUACUCUGAUAGACAAAAAUUACAAUUCUAUUGCUAAUAAAUUUAAUUGGAAACCUUACAAGUGAUUAAUGUUUUCAGAUUGUGUUUAAAUAUUUGGCCACUGUAGUGUUUAGUCUUUAGAUUUUUUUUUGUGGUUUUUGAAAAGUAACAAGGAGGAGGCACGUCAAAAUUACUUCCCCCCAGGCCCAUAAUUUCUCUCGGUGGCCCUGCAUAGCAUAAAAGAAAACUUGAGGAAUGUGUAGUUUAGAGGCUAGGUACUACGGAAAUGUGCAACAUUUCCAACAUGCUUCUUGUUUUAAACCGAGUCGAAAUUUUUACCCAUACAUGUAGGCUAAGUACUGUGAUACCUGAUGAGCACUUGUAUUCUCUAUUAUAAGACUGAUAUUAGCCACUGCCAAUACUUGCAACAUAAAAUUGCCCCACACAAGCCAGAAUAAAUUUUGUUUUAAACUUAGGCUUACUUUUUUAAAAUGUAAAUUAAUGAUCAGGGAAAUAAUAAAAAAUUUUUAGAGUA